AUGAAAUUACUUUUUGUAUUUAUCACUUUUUUAACACUACUGAUAAGCGCAGAAGGUUUUGGAUUCUUUCAAAGCGUUGGAGCCAAAGGAAGGGUUUUAUGCCAAGGAAAGCCGGUUGAUAAUGAAGUGAGUUUGUAUUUACCCUACCCUACCCUACCCUAACCUACCCUACCCUACCCUACCCUACCCUACCCUACCCUACCCUACCCUACCCUACUCUUUUUAUCGUAAUCUAUCCUAGCCUUAUUUAAUUACUCUACUCUACUCUUUACAGAUAGUGUCACUAAUAGAAAAAGACUGGUUUUACAAUGACGAGCUUGAACAGACGACCACGAAUGACAACGGCGAGUUCGAGUUAUGGGGAAUGGACAAAGAAGUAUCUGAGAUUGACGUAUAUCUUCAAAUGUAAGUUAUCUGAAAUUACAACGGGUUAUCUAAUUUUUGUUGUCUUAUAAUACUCUCACUAUCCCGCCACUUGACUUACCUAUGCUUCAUCAUAGUCUUUCACUGUAGCCUUGCCCUACGCUUUUCCUACCUAUAACACUGCUUUUGCUUUAUAAGUUGGUUCUACUCAUGCUUUACCUUAACAUUACUUUUGCUUUAACUCUGUCGUAACAUUUUCGGACUUUCAGAAUAUCAGAAUGUCCAUUUAAAUCCAGAUGCCGCAGAAAGUUCAAGUCGAAGAUACCAAAAGAAUACAUAACAUGGCAUAGGAAGCCGCCUGGAGAGUUGUACAACGUGCCCGCCAUUGAGUUAUCUGAUUGGCCGUUGGAAACUUUUUGCAAUGUUAAUGAGACUUUGUAG